UUUAAAGUCGAUACCCUUUUUUUGUGAUGUCCGUGACCGAUCACGCCCCUUUUCUUCUCUUCUGCUUGUUUUGGAAAUAAAAGCGGAGCUGCUUGACUGUGUGUGUGUGUGUGCGUGCGUGUGGAUGUUUUGUCCAAAGCCACUGAGUCGUUUGCAGUCCGGAAUGUAACAGAUGUAGGCCGAAAGGAACCCGGCUGGACAUUUUGUAUUGGCAUGUGAGGAAUCUCUGCAAGCGGAGGCGCCUGAGGUAAAGCCCGAGCGUUUCCGAGUUCUGCCGACAUUCCCCGAACCGUCUGUACUACCGGACUGCUCGAGGCGGCCGCUUCACGCCAUGUUGAGGUAACUCUCCGAGGUAUCGCUUUUAAAAAUGAGGUGAAGAAGUAAAUAAAAGCAGCCGGGAGAUUAUUACAAGAAGAGGAUUUUAUUAGUGAAGAUCCAGGGCGGAGGAGAAGCUGGGUGCUUGCUGUACGCCCCCACCACCUAAGGCUUUCGUCCCCAUGAAAAGCAGCACGUACAACCCCAAGAAGAAAACCGACUGCACCGAAAAUGGCUUUUUUUCGCACCAGUAGUGAGCUAGCGAUAUUCCUCGGCGUGGAGUUUCUUCCGGCCUGCUAAAGACAAGAGACGUGCCUAUGUGCAGUAGAUAGCUGCACUCUGUUAGUAUUUUAGCCGCGUGUUUGUUUAUUUGUUUUCUUUAUAAAUAUACAUUUUAAGUUCAACACCGCCAUGAGUUCAGCACUGAAUGCAGCCAGUGUAACAGCACCGAACCAGCUGAGGGGUCCCCCGGUGUCGGUACCACCGGGAGUUACGGCCGCUCCUCAGCCUCCCACCGUGCCGGUACCGCCACCUCAAAUUUCCAGAACAGCACUGUCGCUGGACGACCGGAUAUUCUCAGCCCAACCUAGUGUGGCGGUGUAUGGCGUCCCAAGGCACCCUGGUCCUCACUACCAAGGACAUGAUCUAAGCAAAGGCCACGCCCCCUCACCUGCUCUGUCUCAGGUAUCGGCCCCUCCCGCCCCCACUUACCGUUACCUUAAGGGCUGGGAACCAGGCGGAACGCCCUCCUUCAACCACACACAGAAUCCUGGCUCUGCCUCCCUAAUAUAUUCUCCACAGACACAGCCAGUGAAUGUACAGCCUUCCAGUCGGCCCUUUGUGACGGGGCCUCGACCCACCCACCAUCAGUUUCUACACAGGGCUCAGAUGCAGACACCUCGGCCUGCUCUUCCCACCAACAAUCCCUCGCUCCGGCCCGGCUCUCAAACACCCACUGCUGCUGUCUAUCCCCCCAACCAAACUAUUAUGAUGACUAUGACUCCCAUGCCUUUUCCCUCAGCGCAAACAGCUCAGUACUACAUCUCCCAGUAUCGACACAGUUCCCCCUAUGUUGGACCUACACAGCAGUUCUCUGUUCCACCCCCUGCCUCUGGAACCUUCUACCCCGGCCCAGGCCCGGGAGAAUACCCUGCACCCUACGCAACAGCUGCUCCUGGUCCGGCGUAUUAUGCAGGCCAGACGGUGUAUCCCCCCUCAGCCCCGAUUAUAGUGCCUACAGCGCCACAGCAGCCUCCACCAGCCAAACGGGAGAAGAAGCCAAUCCGGAUCCGAGACCCCAACCAAGGUGGGAAGGACAUUACAGAGGAGAUCAUGUCCGGCAGCGGAAAUAUCACGCCCCCUGUGGGCCGUCCUUCUUCCACCCCCACCCCUCCUCAGCGAAGCGCCAGUCAGACACCAGAGCAGUUAUACUACAACAUAGACCCACCCUAUAGACUCAGUCCUGUGUCUACAGACAGCAAGACCACCUUAGAGGACAAAAGUAGUGAUCCAACUCCUGAUAAAUCUUCAUCUCCUGGACCUCCAGAGCCCUCCGCAGACAGGAGAGAAACUCCAACUCAUCCUGUAUCAGACUCAUCUUACACAAAACCUGGAACACCUUCUAGUUUUCUUCUUCCUCACAGCACCUACAGUUCGACAGUCGCAUGUGAACCAGAAGAGCUUUCUACAGUUUCCACAGAUGUAGCUCGAGCCCCCAUCCCUGAGGAAGAUGAACCUCUUCCAGAAGCUAUCCAAAACCUUACAGCCUCCUCCCCUCCUCCAGGAAAAGCAGUUAACGGUCUGUCUGAGUCACCGCCACCCUCCCCAGUUUGUGAGCAAGAGAAGCAGGCACAAGAGGAUCCCCUGGUCAGCCCUCAGCUCUCAACUCUGACCCAAACUGAAGCACCAGCUUCAGAAGUAAUCCAGGAAGAACCUGCUGCUCCUGUGACCCAAAUAUCAAUUAGCCCAACCAUCUUAAAACCUUCUAAUGCCAUGUCUCCUCUAGCGCCACCCCCUGGCCUGCCUGUAUUGAUGCAACCUCCUAGCAUUGACGGACAUGAAAAAGUAAAGGCCUGUGGUUCUAAUGAUGUGCAGCUCAAAACUGAAACAUCACAGAGCUCUGAUGGUUUAAAAGGAUCACACGAUCUGACAAAUUCCCGAAAGACGGCGAUGGCAGAAGUACAAGCCGCUUCUGUUGCACCAAAGGACUGGAAAAAAGCAAAUGAAGAAAAUUCUGUUAUGGAUUCUAUACCCAAGGAAAACGAGGAGAAGUCCACAACUGAUGACUCAGCUGAAGAAGAGGUGUGUAGCAAUGGCUUCUCUCCAGCCCCAGCUUGCUUUCCAGAGGAGAACGGGGAGACCGAAACAGAACCACUGAAAAAUGGAGAUGGACACGUGUUGAUGGAAACUGAGCACAUGGAUAACACGGUCACUCCCGAGGAGGGGAUGAGCUCUACAGGGCCUUCAUUAGCCAAACAGGAAGCGCUUAUAGAGCCCAAUGGGAAAAGACAGUACGACCGUGACUUCCUGUUGGGCUUCCAGUUCAUGCCAGCAUGUGUGCAGAAACCAGAGGGCUUACCUCAAAUCACAGAUGUAGUUCUGGAUAAGAUUAACCAAACUAAGUUACCAACAAGGCCAGUGGACUCGCGGGUGCUCUCCAGAGGCCCUGACUUUACCCCGGCGUUUGCUGACUUUAGCAGGCAGUUGCUAGGAGGACGAGGAGGACCGCUUCUCAGUUUGCCUGCCUGGAGACCACCACCUCGCAAGAUCAUCAUGAAUGUUUCAGUGAUCGAUGAUGUGCAGCUGCAGAAGGCUGAGAAUGCUUGGAAGCCUGGCUUGAAGAGAGAAACGCACGCAGAGGACCUAGAUAGUCAGAAGACACAGGACCUUUUCCGGAAGGUACGAAGCAUCCUGAAUAAACUGACGCCCCAGAUGUUCACCCAGCUAAUGAAGCAGGUGACAGACCUCACCAUCAACACCGAGGAGAGGCUUAAAGGAGUCAUCGAUCUGGUGUUUGAGAAGGCCAUAGAUGAGCCCAGUUUUUCUGUAGCCUAUGCCAACAUGUGCCACUGCCUGGCUACGCUGAAGGUGCCAAUGGCAGACAAACCUGGCACUACUGUUAACUUCAGGAAGUUGCUGCUGAACCGCUGUCAGAAAGAAUUUGAGAGGGACAAAAUGGACGACGCUGUGUUUGAAAGGAAGCAGAAGGAGCUUGACUGUGCGACAUCAACCAGUGAGAAGGAGCGGCUGCAGGAGGAGCUGGAGGAGGCAAAGGACAAAGCCAGACGGCGCUCCACCGGCAACAUCAAGUUCAUCGGUGAGCUGUUUAAGCUGCGCAUGCUAACCGAGGCCAUUAUGCAUGACUGCGUGGUGAAGCUGCUGAAGAACCACGACGACGAGAGCCUGGAGUGCCUCUGCAGGCUUCUCACUACCAUCGGCAAGGACCUGGACUUUGAGAAGGCCAAGCCUCGCAUGGACCAGUAUUUCGCGCAGAUGGAGAAAAUUGUCAAAGAGCGCAAGACGUCAUCCCGAAUCCGUUUCAUGCUACAAGAUGUAAUCGACCUCAGACUGCAUAACUGGGUGUCACGCAGGGCUGAUCAGGGCCCGAAAACCAUUGAGCAGAUCCACAAAGAGGCUAGGAUCGAGGAACAGGAGGAGCAGAGGAAGGUCCACCAGCAGCUGUUGUCCAAGGAUAAAAGGAGGCCAGACCCGAGGGAUCAGCGUGGUCUGAGAGAAGAGACGUGGAGCACUGUACCGAUGACCAAGAACAGCAGGACAAUAGACCCCACAAAGAUCCCCAAGAUCUCCAAGUCUCAGUUUGAUGAUAAGAUUCAGCUCGGGCCCAGGGCUCAGCUCAGCUGGGUGAAGGGCAGCAGUGGAGGAGCCAAAGCCAGCAGCAGUUCUGAGUCACACUCGAGUAGCAGUACUCUGAACCGCUACUCGGCUCUGCAGCCAACCCCGGUAUCCCCAGCCCAAACUCCUGAGCCAGACUCCAGACGCUCUUUAGCAAGUCGAGGCAGCUGCGGUCGGGAGCGAAGUGAGAAACCUCAGAGUUCAGGCCCCUCAGUGCUCCUCAGUCGCAGUAGCAGCAAUAAGGAGCUGGUGGAGAGUCCAGCUGUUGAGGAGCCGUGCAGAGACACACAGGCCACACCCCGCAAAACGAGCAUCUCGGAGGACAGAAGCAGCAUGGAGCACAGCCAGUCCCGGGAUCCUCUGAAAAAGGAAAGCUCGGUGAGUGCGCUUCCGGCUAAGCCGGUCCUGUCUGAGGAGGAGAUGGAGAGGAAGUCUAAAUCCAUCAUUGAUGAGUUCCUGCACAUUAAUGACUACAAGGAGGCAGUACAGUGUGUCGAGGAGCUGCAGAAGGUAUCCCAGCUGGCUGUAUUUGUGCGGGUAGGAGUGGAGUCCACUUUGGAGCGUAGUCACAUGGCCCGAGAACACAUGGGGCAGCUCUUCUACCAACUGAUUCACCAGGGCAGCCUGCAACGGGCCCAGCUGUAUGCAGGCUUGGUGGACACACUGGAAAUGGCUGAUGACAUGGCCAUAGACAUUCCUCACAUAUGGCUGUAUCUGGCUGAGUUGCUUAGUCCUCUGCUUAAAGAGGGAGGCAUCCCCAUGAAAGAACUCUUCAGUGAAAUAAGUAAACCAUUGCUCCAAGUGGGAAGAGCUGGCAUGUUAAUGGUGGAAAUACUACACCUACUAUGCAAACAAAUGGGCCAUAAGAAAGUGGGGACUUUAUGGAGAGACGCAGGACUUAACUGGAGUGAUUUCCUGUCAGAAGAACAGGAACUCCAAAGCUUCAUCUCGGAGCAGAAGCUGCAGUUCACACUGUCUGACUGUGUCUCUGCCCACCCUGCCCCUUCUAUGCCCAGUCUCACCCCGGAUGAAAUGCACAGACAGCUUGAGCGUCUCCUACUAGAGGACCUGGCCAGUGAUGAGCAGAUAUUUGACUGGGUGGAGGCCAAUGUAGAUGAAUCUGAGAUGACCUCUUCCCCAUUCCUAAGAGCUUUAAUGACCGCAGUAUGUAAAGCAGCUGUUAAAGAUGAGCAUACGUCCUGCAGAGUGGACACAGCUGUCAUACAGAAACACCUCCCUGUGUUACAAAAGUACUUUAACUCAGACACUGAGCGUCAGUUGCAAGCACUUUAUGCACUGCAGGCAUUAAUAGUGACCAUGGAUCAACCACCCAAUCUUUUAAGGAUGUUUUUUGACUGCCUCUAUGACGAGGAGGUGAUUUCAGAGGAUGCUUUUUACAAGUGGGAAACAAGUAAAGACCCAGCUGAGCAGCGGGGAAAGGGCAUAGCGUUAAAAUCAGUCACCGCUUUCUUCACCUGGUUACGGGAGGCUGAGGAAGAGUCCGAGGACGAUUGAUGUGAGGAGGCGGCGGCCACCUGGUGACGCGUGGAGGCACGCUGCCAAUAAAAUGGAAAACUGUACCCUCUGUACUCAAACACACUACCUACACACACGUUUUCACUCACGGCGUGACACAAAGUGUCAUGCCUGGGUUUCUUGUGGUAUGGAUUCCAAAAUGUUCAUUCUGGAAGUAAGGGGCACUAAAAACCCCUGUAUCAUAUAUAUAGAAAAUUAUUUUUGUUCCUUUUUUUUUUUAAGAAGAAACUUAAAAGAAGCAGGUUGUGAAAUUCUUAAUUUAUUAUUUUUUUAAACAUUCACAAAUUCAAAGUCUAUUUAACAUUUGCAGGUCUUCACAAUAAGGGGAAUGUUGAUAGAAAUAACAGAAAUACCAUAACAUUAAUGGCUAUUAAGAAAUAUGUACUCACCAUCCCUGAAAUUCAUGUACAAGCUUGAAGGAAAGGUUUUUGGGGAUAAAGGGAAAGAUGCAGUUAAAAGAAACUGACUGUUUUCUCAGGUUGUGUUGUUCUUAAGUAACCCCAGUAACUGCAUCUGUUUUAAUUAUUCAGUGUUGAAAUUGGGUAAAUUCUCAUCAAAUUCUCACCGUGAAAAAAAAAGUUUAUGCAAGAAUGCAUAGGUUUUACAAAUAGAAAAACUUCCUGAAGAUUCUGAACACUAGAUGCAUUUAAGGAGUACAAUGAAAAUACUACUAAUGCAAGUUGAAACGUUUCAUUGUGGCCCUGCCUGCUUGUGAUAAACAGCUAUUGGAGAACAUGUAAAACUUGUAAAUACAUUAAACACCAUCAAAACGA